AUCGAUAUGUUAAUAUCGAAGAAGACUUGGAGUCGAGUCCCUUUCCGGAAAACAAAACAAAAUUAAUAAGUUAAUUAGAGAAGUGUCCACGAAAAUGCACAGCUCACGGUGAUUAAACGGCAAUGUGAAGAAGUAUCGAAGUGUAAAAGUCGACGGAGGCUGCACGGCCAACAACACCAUCCACCAGCAACAAUAACAAUACAAAACGGGAGACUACUGCAAAUAUAUACACACACCAAGAUAUAUCAAAAUAAAAAGACGAAAAGGCAGUACACUUUUUGAUCUGGACGGUGCCAGUGGUGUUGACGAAUGCGGAGCAGUUCGAGGAAGGCGGAGGAGCAGCAGCAGGGCCACCGAAAGCAGGAAGCGGAAGUAACAGAAUAGCAAUAUAUUUAAAAGGAUCAAAAAUAUAACAAAAAAAAAUCACCACCUUAGCCUUAGUGAAAGACAACGAGGACACGACCACUCCAAAACCAAAUCAAACCAAACCAGUCAAAUCAAAAGCCAGACAACUCCAAUCCCAAAACCAACAAAAUGUCUUCGCCCAGUGCCGGAAAGAGACGCAUGGACAACGAUGUGAUCAAGCUGAUUGAAUCGAAGCACGAGGUGACGAUCCUGGGAGGCCUAAAUGAGUUCCACGUCAAGUUUUUCGGUCCAACGGAGACGCCAUAUGAGGGUGGCGUAUGGAAGGUGCGCGUCUACCUGCCCGACAACUAUCCCUUCAAAUCACCGAGCAUCGGUUUUGUGAACAAGAUCUACCAUCCGAAUAUUGACGAAUCAUCUGGGACUGUGUGCCUGGAUGUUAUCAAUCAGGCCUGGACGGCGUUGUACGAUCUAUCGAACAUAUUCGAAUCGUUCUUGCCACAGCUCCUCACAUAUCCCAAUCCGGUUGAUCCGCUCAAUCGGGAUGCGGCCGCAUUGUACCUGCACGAGCCGGAGGAGUAUCAUCGCAAGGUGGCCGACUAUGUGCAGCGGUAUGCCACCGAGGAUGCGCUGCGGGCGGCGCAGCAGGAACGGGAAAGUAGCGACAGUGAGUCGAGCAUGUCCGAUUACAGUGAGGAUGAGGCCAGGGACAUGGAGUUAUAAUAUCGGUUGGACCGCCAGCCUACGGAACUACCGCUACCACUAACACUGACAACAGCCUAAUACAAACGCUUCGAAACCCCAUUUCCCGCCCCCACUAUUUCUUAAAACCAAGCAAACAUACAAACACAAUUUCACAAGGGCCCUUCAGUUGGCGACGAAAAAAAAGCAACAAUAGAUAUAUAUAUAUAAAUGUAUAUAUAUAUAUCUAUCUAUAUAUAUAAUUGAUAAAUGAUAAUUGGAUUUUAAGAUAGAAAGUGAUUCGAUGAUGGCGUGUGAUGAUCUGCGCACACACGCACGUACAUACAUAUAUAUAUAUAUAUAUAUAUAUAUAUAUUCAUAUAAUCAUAUAUAUAUAUAUAUAAUGUAAGCAGAAAGUAAAACAAGAUCUAAAAAACUCUUAGUUUAGCCAUCAGUAGCUGAUAACAUAAUGGAUUGGAGUAAGGAUCGUAACCGAUCAUAACCGAUCAUAACCGAUCAUAACCGAUAUAUAGACCACACAAAAACGGAACGGAGGAGAACAAAAUGGAAACAAAACCAGAAACAAAAUACAAACAAGAUAAAAUACAACAGAUAACAGAGAUAAAUGCAUGGUUGCAAACGUAAUUUAAAUGGUUAUAGUAAGUGCACCAUGCAAUACGAUAUAUGACGUGAAAUUGCUUUUGGCCUUGAUCUGGCAUUAAACAGACGUCAAAUGCCCGUUCUUUAGAGUUUAGCAGUGGAGUAAAAGUUGAUAGUAGACGUAUCGUAAACACAAGUACCACCAUUAUACAGAAGUUUUUGGAAAACCCACACAAAUACCACUCGAUGAUAACCCUAUCCAGAGGAAAAGCCUAAACUACCGCUUAAAUUGAUCAACGACAAAUUAUGUGUUUUGUUCUCCCCCAGCUUUAUAUGUAUUUUUUUAUGUUUGUUUUCUUUAAAUUUGUGUUUUAUUAGAAGUUUUCAUUGUCAGCAUAUAUGUACACAUUAUAUAUUUAGAAAUUUGUAACUGCAGAAUAUCACCUGACUUGGCAGCAUUGUCUCUGCCCAAAAACAGAAUGAAAAAAAAAACGAUCUAAACUAAAUAGAACUGAAUAGAAAACCAAGAUAAAUUCUAGAGGAAGCCCUUGGAUACGAUUGCGUGGAACAGACAAAAUAAACGUUGCAGUUCUUUUUCUUGUUAAUUAAUAUUAUUAUACGGUUAUUAUGUAAUAUUUUAAAAUAGGAUUCGAAUUGAUCGUGUAAUUAAAUGCAUAAUUCUUAUGUCUAACUUA